UCGUCGUCGUCAAGUUUCUUACAGGGCUAUCAAGGACCGGAAACAGUUUUCUUACAUCUGUGACGCAGAACACGUUGAACGACGUGUUAUGUCUCGUAGGAGUUGUCGCCUGGUGUCCACCGGUUACUACAACUCUGAUGACGAAUCCGACUCGAGUAGUGUGACAAACAUUUCGUACAGAGAGAACCCAGUCAAGGUUUUCAAGAAGAAGGCCGGCACCCGCAAGGCCGCCUCCCGCACCUCCAGCAGAGCCAACAGCAAUGCUAGCUCAACAAGCUUUGAGUCACCUGUUGCCACAGGUGCCGCUGCAAAGCAUAAAACAGACACGGCGGAACAGCCAAUCAGAGUCGACCUUUUACUGCCACACUUCCAGUUAAAAGCCAGGAGACCUUCUUUGAGCACCCAGACAGACCUGUCAAUGAGGACUGUGUCCUACACCACCCCCAGGGCCACCCCUCGGCCCUCCCUAACCCCAGCAGCAUCGCCCACACAUCAGAACCCCACCCACUCCCCGACGCCGCCCCCAGAUAGGUUUCGCAGCUCCAGCCAAGCAGUACUGUACCUGCGACCCGACCAGAAUAAGAGCUGCAUAGACAGCUCGGGCUACUCCUCCUCUGAGGGCGCCAAUCUUAGACCGCCGGCUACCACCGCUAGGACCUGCACCACCAGCUCCACCAGCUCCACCACUACCAGCAGCAACAAAGUCAGAAGUAACAUUGGGUCUGCCGGCGUUGGAUACAGAGUUCGACUCAACAACGCCGCCUAUAGUUUUAAGGAGUCCCUAUCAGCGAUGACCACAAAAAUAAUACAUCUGACAUCUUUAGCCACUAAAUGCUUACUCAGCAACCAAUCAAAGAAGAUUUGCAUUUCUGUUUUCCUUCUUGGUGCCAUUCUUGCCUGUGUUUGGUUCCUUCCUCCAUUGUUGCCCCCUCUCACCUCCAUCAUGCUCCUCAUAAAGAACCCGUCAGAGGCUACCAAGCUCAUGCAUCAAAAUGUUCAACCCCCCAUUCUGUCUCCUCAACCAAACACCAUACAGCCCACAUCUGCAACGGAUUCUGCCUUUCCCUCUGUGCCUUUUGAUGUGGAAGCAAAGAUGCAGCAUCUUUUGGAGGAUCUGCAGCUGAAACAGGAGCUCCUCUACAAGAUCAAGGAGCAAUUUGAGAUGGACUUACAGAGUAUGAGGGAUGAUCUUAAGGCAGUAGAGGCGAGCAGUGGGUUGCACCUUGACCAAGAGGUCACUAUACUGGGAAAGCGGAUACAUGACCAGAAGCAGGAUUUCCACGGGGUCUUCUCCACUCUCACCGCCAGAAUCCAAGCUGUAGAAGCCCACAAUGCUGAGUUGUCUAAGGAGGUGUCGUCCAUCCAGUUGCUGCCUCCUCCGGUGCCUUGCCCUGACAUCAGUGCCACCUCCAGCCAAAAACAUCUCACAUCAGAGCUCCAGCAGGCCAUGGAGAAGUGGCUCACUGACCGCAUCCAGGCUCAGGAUGCAAUGAGACUACAGGACAAGAGAACCCACUCAGACCUGCAGCCCGUUGCUAACAAGAUGGCUGACUUUGCCUUGGAAACUCAAGGUGCCAGCGUGGUCAGCACCCGCUGUUCUAACACAUAUCAGACCCGCACUGCAUGCGUCACCUUUUUUGGAAUCCCAUUGUUGUAUCCCACCGAAAGCCCCCGCACUGUCAUUCAGGGCCACCCGGUGAUGCUUCCAGGCAAAUGUUGGGCUUUCCAUGGCGUCCAAGGGACGCUCGUCAUCGCCCUGUCUCACCCCAUAAAGAUAACGCAUGUGACGCUGGACCACGUGCCACGCUAUAACACCCCCAAUGGUCGCAUUGACUCUGCCCCCAAGGACUUUGCCGUCUAUGGGAUGAAGAACGAAGUGGAAGAAGGAACGCUGCUGGGAGCGUUCACAUACAACAAGGAUGGCGAGCCCACGCAAACUUUUGAGAUUCCUAACCCCAGCGAUGUAGUCUAUCAAGUUGUGGAGCUGCGCGUCCUCAGCAACUGGGGUCAUGUAGAAUAUACAUGCCUCUACCGCUUCCGCGUGCACGGCAUCAUGGCGGCCGCCACAUGAUUGCAGGUGGUGAGUUCCACCACUAGAGGCCGCUAAAUUUUUUGCACUGGUUCUUGAAAGAGAAUUCUUUCAAGAGUCGUCACUAUACAGCAAAAUGCUUUGUUGAUAAAAAAAAACACACAGUGUGGAGGUACAUACUUUUUAUUGGACAGGCGCAAUACAUAUCUCAUCAUUUAAUAUAUUUACUAUAGUUUUACUUUGCCUGCUGAAAGAAUGUACACAAUUAAAAUCAGGCUAAAUUCAGACAUAUCCACCUUAACUAUUCAUUUUCUUCUUGUUACUUAAAAUACUUGAACACCUUUUCUUUCUAGCAACGUGUUGAUCCAUGAUGCUCGUCUUUAAAAAAAAAAAAAAAAAAAAAAAGAAAAAAAAACUUGAAUUGUAUAUAAAUCAGAAGCCAGGAAAGAAAAUGUAUUUGUUUGACAAAGAAUAUACUUGUGUCUGUGUUACAGGACUUUAAUGCAGAAAUUUAAAUGUGUGGUGAACGAUACAAAUGUCUAUGACUGCCGCACCGAAAAGAAAAACUUGGAAAAUGUCAGAAAUAAAACUUUUGCUACAUCACUAAAUUGAGAGAGUAAAAUAUGUUUUCAUCGUAAUUAAAGUUUAUAUAUAUAUACAUAUAUACAUAUAUAUAUAUAUAUA